AUGCCUCGUCAACCGGCUUCCCAAUCCCCUGAUGCUAUAAGUCUAUUUAGCCUUAGAAGCAAGACUCCUUCCACCUAUGUUUGUCCCGAUAGCGAGGAAGACUCGGACAAUACAAUCUAUGCCUAUGAUAACGACGACGACGGAGACAGGAGACGCCACUCGACGGCAGACGUGCGUGAUAAUCAUCUCGGGGCCUCCCUACCGCUCAGCAACCUGGCUGCUCGUCGGGAGUCGACCGCGGCCACUCAGGCGAGGCAACCUAUCCGUCCGCAGGGAGGUAGGCUCUUCACCAAAGGCAACUGCUUCUCCCCGCCCCCGGAGCCAGAAGGGGGCCGGCCCAGCCCGCCGCCGCCUGGUGAUGCCGAGAGCGAGAGCGAGGGUGAGGGCGAGGGCGAGGAAGAGCAGGUGAGCAGUUAUGAUGCUGCAGACGUGCAGGAAGAGGGCUCCCAACAAGACGAAUGGGAGAGCCGAAAAUACAAGGUCACUGCUUGCAAGGGCAGCCACCUUACCGCAAAGCUAUUACGGAAGAAAGUCCUAGACUUAUCGAGCGCUACCGAAGCAGUCAGGUUUAUCCAAACGAAGCGAUCGGUAGAUUACAGCAUGAGUUCGUGGCCGUUGGAUAUGGACAGUGAGAACAGGGGCCGCAGUAGAGGGCGGGUGACUAGGCUCCUGCCUACGUUCUUCCUCGACUUCCUCGCAGUUAUAGGGAAGCCCGGCCAGGCAGUCUCUAGGGCUACGGAAAGUCACCCCCUCUCCUCAAUCAGCAUCUCGUUCAAGGACUGGUCGGCGCCCUACUCCAGCAAGCACAUUAAGAGCAUGCUGGACUUUAGCCUCAUUGGCCGCACCUUCAAGGUUGGGGCCGACGGGCUGGCCAUGACGUGGUUCAUUAUCUUUACCCCAGAUCCGAGGGCGGCGUACGGCGGCCAGGAGGGGGACGACGAUGACCUGGAAGGGAGCCACGGCCGCACCCAGGGGCGGGAAAUGCCGGGGACCGGAAGACGCAAGAAGGCCACCGCGUUAAGACGCCACCGCGCCCAAAAGUUCUCGAGGUACUUCCUCGCCUGCGUGGGCAGCACCAUCCUGGGCAGGGGCAUCGAGGACUCAUGGCGCCUCAACGGGCAGGAGACGGCCCAACUCUCCCUUAGAGACUGGGCGAGGCUGCAGGAUGCCUUGCUGUCGGGGUGGGCCGAUUUCGUCCGGGAGAACAGCGCCCGCGACCGGUUCUGGGCCGGGGUCCAGCUGGCCUUCCACGCGUACGGCUACGGGGGCAACGUCUGCAUCGACAUUGGCGACGACACCCCCGUCCCGGACAUGGAAGAGGUGUACGAGGAUAAGGAGGGCGGCGGCAACACCGAGGACGAGUACAGCAGCCUCAACGCCGACACGGAAGACGAGGGCAGCGUCACCGGCGCCUCCCCACGCCGUGGCAGCCCGGCCGAGUCCGUGCUGGACGAGUUUGGGGACAGCCAGAGCGAGGAGGACGGCGACGACGGCGUGGGAGGGCCGAGGCGCUCCCGUGGGGCCCCACGCGCCGAGUCUGCGGAGAGGGGGGCGCGGCUGAUGGAGUUCGCGGGGCGGGCCCCCGGUAUACAACAGCUGAGCUCCACCAUCGAGGCCGUAUUCUGCCUCGACGCCGUGCACAGCGUCGCCUACGCUCUCGCCGCGGAUAUCAACUGCCUCAGCGACGGCCGGCCGGUCUGCCUGCUCGCAGACUUUCAGGCCGUCGAGGGGGAGUACCUGGAGGGGACGAAGCAGGCGUGCCUAACGCCCUACCCCCUGGCGUUCCACCCCGGGUUCGGCAACUUCACAUCCACCGCGCCGCCAGACUUCAUCAAGGAUGCCAUAGAGCCGGUGCGCCUUAACAUGCGCCGCGAGAACGACGACGACGAGAUCGUCGCCGCCGAGUACUUUCAGGGCUACUCCAACAUCAAGAAGACGGUGCGCUUCAACCCGCAGGACCUGCUCGCCAGCAAGGCUAUCGCCACUGCGGCCCUCGCGCUCCCCGCCAAGGGGCCGGGCGUGACGCACUCCGCGAUAGGCACGCAGCAAAGGCUGCUGGCCCGGCUCAGGGGCGAGGGUAACCCGGACGCCCCGCGCCAGGCGAUCCCGUACGCGCGGGAGGCAAGCCAGCUGGAGAAGUGCAUCCAGGAGAGCGAAUUUGCCUUUCGGAUGGAGCAGGUAAUUACCGUGUCUGUCUCCAAGAUACUGCCCGAGAACCGGAGCGCCGCCGCUGUCUUUCGGCCAAUGGCCCAGCUUAUCAGCCUCUUCCUCACGGCCCAGGAUCGCUACGCGGGCGUGCUCAGGGCGUUUAACCCAAAGGUAUUCCCGGGCGUGCUGACCUCGUACUGCAGGAUCUUUGAGCUUAUUACCACGUCGAUCCUGACGCAGUUCGACAACGCCGGGGGCCGCGGGCUAUCAAUCGAGCUGGGCGAGGCCAUGGCGGCCGUGGACCGGCUCGGCAGCUUCUGCUUUACGGGAGACAGGAGGGUGCUCCCGCGCGCCACGUUUGAGUACCUGGGUACGUCGAACAGCCUGAGGCACCACGCGUUCCCCUACAUCAACCCCAAAAUACUAGGGUUUGCCGGCAGAGGCCGCAUAGAGAUGUGCGACUGGCCCGGCGUCAGGGACAGGAAGGUCCACCUCCUCCAGGCGGCCACGCUCCAGUUUUACUACGGCAAGCAGGUUGCCGCGGGGCGCGAGGCCGAGGCCCAGGUCCAACUUAUAGCCGCCAACACGCAGGCCGUCGCGGACUUCAUCAAGGUGGUCUUCAGAAGGCACUUUAUCCCGGAGAUGUGCCAGUUCUUCGCCGCGAGGACCCGCAAACUCCUCCAGAAGCGCAGGCGUGGCGAGGCGCUCACGGCAGGGCAGGAGAGGGAUGUGCAGACGGCCUACGCCGAGCUGGAUGCCUGGGAGGCUGCGGAUGAGAACCCGGCAGAAGUAUUCAGCCUCGAGAAAUUCAGGGCCCUUGUGGCCACCAUAAACAAGGCCACCAAGAAGCCAGCGGGGCAAGAGCAGGGCGCAAUUACCAUUGAACGCCUCAGCUAUAACACCUUUGCAGGGAGGGUGGCCGAGUCUCUUGUGGCGAGCGCCAGCGCUGGCCUGGACACGAGCACCACCGAUAAGACGCUCUGCUCCAAGGACAUGACAUGGCUGGCAGCCCUAAGCUCUCUCUUCAGGGAGGCAAGUGCCAUUAACCCCACUGAGAACGCCGCCAAUCGCUGGCGGCUGUAUAUCGCGGACGCGCUGCGGGAGCAUCGCGUCUGCUGGGUCCUUGGCCACGCACGCGGAACGGUAACGGCCACUGUAGCUUGGGAGCUGGUACUAGACAGAGAGCCGGUUUACCGCGACGCCUUUUCUCUCCUGAAGCGAACGGGCGGCCGGGCAGCGGCCGAAGACGAGCGGGCGGCCAAGCGGAGGAAAAGCUCGGCUUUCAUUGACUUUGGCUGCACGUUCCCGCUCCGAGAGGGCCUACCCCCUGCAUUAAAAACGGGCUAUGACAUCCUGGUUUUUAACGCAAAGCGCGGGGGCAAGUCGGGAGACUCCGGGCUCAUUUCUGAAGAAACGCCCGGGGGCAAGCCGGCAAACACCGGGCUUAUUAACCACUAUAACUUGGGGUUAUCUCUCCUCCAACAAUACCAGGCGGAGCCAGAGGUCGAGCUCCUGUGCAUGCUGGCUAUGACUGUUGGGAUGACCGAGGGCAUGGCUCUUUACGAAACAAAGGCAAGCCGGCCCGGCUUUAUUAUCGACACAAAGCCCGCCCGAAAGAAGAGGAAAGAGGCCCGCGCUUUUCUUCUUGCUCUACGUAUGCUGUGGUUUCUCAAGCCAGAUAAGUUUAGGGAAAAAAAGCCUCAGGGACCAAACGCUAAAAAGCAAGAGGAGAUUAUGUUUAGUAUGCAGUCUGUACGAGAGGCAACAGGUAAGUUUCCCUAA